AUGGCUAGAAGACUUGCAGGAGCGGUCACCUGUGCAAUGAUGACUUGUAUAAUGUGCUACUUGUAUCGAGACCUCCGUCAACACGCCGCCAGAGACCUCCGUCAACACGCCGCCAGAGACCUCCGUCAACAUGCCGCCAGAGACCUCCGUCAACAUGCCGCCAGAGACCUCCGUCAACAUGCCGCCAGAGACCCCGUCAACACGCCGCCAGAGACCUCCGUCAACAUGCCACCAGUGACCUCCGUCAACACGCCGACAGAGACCUCCGUCAACACGCCGCCAGAGACCUCCGUCAACACGCCGCCAGAGACCUCCGUCAACAUGCCGCCAGAGACCUCCGUCAACACGCCGCCAGAGACCUCCGUCUACACGCCGCCAGAGACCUCCGUCAACACGCCGCCAGAGACCUCCGUCAACACGCCGCCAGAGACCUCCGUCAACAUGCCGCCAGAGACCUCCGUCAACACGCCGCCAGAGACCUCCGUCAACAUGCCGCCAGAGACCUCCGUCAACACGCCGCCAGAGACCUCCGUCAACACGCCGCCAGAGACCUCCGUCAACACGCCGCCAGAGACCUCCGUCAACACGCCGCCAGAGACCCCGUCAACACGCCGCCAGAGACCUCCGUCAACAUGCCGCCAGAGACCCCGUCAACACGCCGCCAGAGACCUCCGUCAACAUGCCGCCAGAGACCCCGUCAACACGCCGCCAGAGACCUCCGUCAACACGCAGCCAGAGACCCCGUCAACACGCCGCCAGAGACCUCCGUCAACAUGCCGCCAGAGACCUCCGUCAACAUGCCGCCAGAGACCUCCGUCAACACGCCGCCAGAGACCUCCGUCAACACGCCGCCAGAGACCCCGUCAACAUGCCGCCAGAGACCCCGUCAACACGCCGCCAGAGACCUCCGUCAACACGCCGCCAGAGACCUCCGUCAACACGCCGCCAGAGACCUCCGUCAACACGCCGCCAGAGACCUCCGUCAACACGCCGCCAAAUCCCAUUAUCAGCCAAAUAACUCACACAGCCUACGCCAAACUUUGUAAUUCAAUAACCACUUCCAAGCCCAAGCUUCAGCUCCUGGGCACAGGCAGCGUGGCCUCGGGGCCGGGCCUGGGGGAGUAG